ACUACCUUACAGGCGACUGAGGGAGCAGGCAGCUUUGCUGCAGUAGACGUGAUCCACUGGUGUCGGCAAAAUCCCCAUUUGCCCGUUUUCUCUAAAGGGAUCCGCAACGUCACCGUUUUGCCGAAUCUGGUUCACGCUGGCCGUUCGAGAACCAGAACACGUUAUAUAUUGAAUGCGGGCAGACCGGAAUGGAUCUGGGACCUGGCACGGCGACGGCAGGGAGUUUCAUAUCCCUUAGUGAGAACGAACAAAGAUGUUACUCUGGUCUAUGCACUUUAUGCCAAGCUGACAGCCCGGGUAAACUAGCGGCGAGCAAAGUAGGAGAGCUGUUCCGAGCAUCACAGCUACCUGCCGAGACCCUGCAUCAAAUCACGGAGCUGUGUGGAGCCAAGCGGCUAGGCUACUUCGGCACGGGGCAGUUCUACGUGGCGCUGAAGCUGCUGGCCGCUGCGCAGUCGGGCCUCCCGGUCCGCCUGGAGAGCAUACAGAGCGAACUGCCCCUCCCAAGAUUUUCUGGAAUGCAAAAUGAGGCAGAGGUGCUGUUCCCAAACCACGCCCAGAACAGCGAUGCCCCGGCUCACCAGUACGGGGCCACGCCUGGACUGGCCGGGCGGGUGACGGCAGACAGGAGUAACUUAAGACAUCCUGAGAGCAGUGCAGAGAAGCAGGAGCCACGGUCCCCCUCACUCUCUCCAAUCAGCUCUCCACCUGGCUCCCCCUCCAUCUAUCACAGCUACGCCCACGGCGCACAGAGGAACGGCACGGAGGCGCUAGCGGGGCAGUUGCCACGGGGACCGGGAUGGCCCUUGGCUCAGCCAGAGGGCUCCUCCCCCAGUCACUAUGGGGGCAAGCCAUUCCAGGAACAGCCGACCUUACCUCGGGCUUCCUCGGUGGAGAGGCUGGUGGAGCACAGUGCUGAGGACUACCCGGACAACCCCUGGAGGAUAACCGAGGAACAGCGCGAGUACUACACCAACCAGUUCAAAACGCUGCAGCCAGACCUGGGCGCGCUCAUUCUGGGUUCAAUUGCAAAGAACUUCUUCACAAAAUCCAAACUCCCAAUACCAGAGCUGUCGCACAUAUGGGAGUUGAGUGAUGUUGACCGCGAUGGAGCCCUGACCUUCGCCGAGUUCUGCACUGCCUUCCACCUCAUUGUGGCCCGAAAAAACGGGUACCCCCUCCCAGAAACCCUGCCCCCGACGCUGCUGCCCGGCUUUGUGGAGCAGGACGGAGUCCCUCAGGCACUCCUGGGUGAGGAGACAUUCUACAGAGUGAGCCAGCACCCGGUGGAGCCAGCAGCUGCAGAGAGGGCGGAACCCCUGAUAUCCUUUGAGGAAACGGAGCUGGCUCCCACUCAGCAGGAGAAGAGUACGGUUGAAACACAGGCCCCUCUGGCUGAGGUGACCACAUCAAAGCAGGAGCUGAGGGAGGAGCCCUCCGCGUCAGCAUUCAGUCCAAAGAGAGCGUUGAAUGCCGUGGACAAGCCAAGUGAAAAAGUCAACAGAGUCACCAAGAGGCCAGAUCCCCCUAAUGAGCUGGACCCUCAGUUACGAUCGAGGACCAGGCCCAGGUCGUACUCCAGCACCUCCAUCGAUGAUGCCAUGAAGAAGAUUGAGGAGCCGCCCACGCCGCCCCCCCGGCCCCAGAAGACCCACUCCCGCGCCUCCUCCCUGGACCUCAACAAGCUCUUCCAGCAGAGUGGCCAGGGUGUGAAGAGCGGCUGGCUGCCCCCCCCUCCUGCGCUCCCCCCGAGGCCCCUGGCCACACAGGUCCCACACUUUGCUCCCGCUGGGGAACUGAGAUCCCAGAAUGCAGUGCGGCAGCCCAACUUUGCCGACUUCAGCAAGUUCAGAGAGGAGGAGGAGGGCUCGCCCGACGCAGGGGAGCGAACCCCGCCCAGCCAGGGCACCGCCACCAGCACUGAGGAUAUCGCCCCCGCCAAACCGGAGGGCUCACUCUCCCAGCCUCCCCAGAAGCCAUUCCGGAGGAAGUAUCGCUCAGACAGCCAGAACCUGGAGCCAGCCCCACCCACGCCCAAUCCUUCCACCCCGUCCUCCGCCCCUGCGACUAUCCCAUCAGCCGGUCCGACCAAACCUUCCCAGAAGCUACCCUCCAGGCAGAAGAAGGAAAUCCAGACGGCCAUUCGCAAGAACAAGGAGGCCAACGCGGUGCUGACCCGACUCAACAGCGAACUCCAGCAGCAGCUCAAGGACAUCCACCAGGAGAGGAUCACGCUGGAGUCCCAGCUGCAGGUCCUGCGUCCUAUCGCGUUCGUCUGACUGGCUCCGCCCUGACCCGUCCCACCCCGCCGUCCCCUCGCCCCUGAACAGGAAACCUGCUCUGGCUUGCACACGCUUGGUCGAGCACCAGCUCACGAACAAACUGGGUCAGAGAUUCUCCAUUUUAAAAAGGAAUCUCCAUCCUCCAUCUGACAACAGUAUCCUUCAGUUUUAUUCCCAAAGGCAUUCGUUUAGAAGAUGAAGGCUCAGAUUCAAAUUGAAUGUUCAGAUUCAGGCAAAUAAAAAGCAGGCCCACAGUCCGUGUUUGGCUUUGGGUUGUGCUUGCCUGAAGAUUUAGGUGCAUGUGCCAAUGUGUUGUAGUGAAAUGAAUGUUACAGUGCGUAUGUGUGUGCGUUUAUGUGAGUAUGUUUCUCAAAGGACAUCAAAGAGCAGAAGCGUGAUUUUAAGGAUGACUCUAAUGAAGCCUAAAUGUCAAAGGUCAACAGGAAGUAACCCCACAACUCUUAAUGCAAGGACUGACCAUGGAAAAGGCAACUUAAACCCUGACACUCACACUGUGGUCAGAAUUCUUCAUUUUUGCUUCAUUUCCUUUUUGUUUUGGGGUUUUAUAUUGUAUCCAAGCUGCAUUUAAUUCAUAGAGUAUUCUUUCUUGUAAAUGGAGAUUCAGAUUUGAGUUUUAUCAUUGGGGGGUAUCCAGUGAAGGUUUGUCUGUGUUCCUAAAAUAAACUGUGUUCCUGCUACCAGGGGAAUUAAAUGUACAAGUGAUAAUGUGCAGUCUUGUUUGAAUGAGUUUGGAAGUAAUCUUCAUGGAGAUACAACUGCCCCUCAGCUGACGUUUGAUCUUUUUUUCUUUGUUUUUAUUCCUUUUAUAAAAAUGUCCUGAACCUUGAGAAUUUCACAAUGAAUCGUGACUCUCUCCACAAAGCUCUUACAGAGACUUUAAACUUGUGCUUGUCCAUUUGAUGGAAUGUCUUUGUUUCAUUGUCGGGAGAGAGAAAAGACAAGGAUCAAAGCUGGAAUUCCUAGAGAAGAUUGAGUGAAUCCCAUUGCAUGACAGAAGGCAUGGUGUGUUAGGAUGGUGCUCUGCUCUGAGCACCAGUAGUGCAUGACUGCCGUCUGACUAAUCAAGAGAUUUACAGCACAGGUGCUUGGGAUCAUGCUAAAAAUCAUCAGUAAGGCCGGGUUCUGAUUGGUGGCCUAAAUGGGACAUCAACAGUAUUUCAUUUCGAGAUCGCCUUUGGUCCCUCCCACAUUGAAAGGGUCUGGUCUUUUGCCUGCUUGUGAUAUGUCGUCUGUCUGUGUUUCUUCUGCGACGCGCGUGAGCUGGGGGAAUCUCAUUCCGUUUCACAGCAAUGUGUCAGAACAUGUCGCUGCUGAUCUGAGAGAAUGUAUUUAUUUUUCGUUUUGAGAAUCGCAGAAAAGAGCAUGUUUUAUAUCGAGUGGCGAAGAGGCAAGAAAAAAUGACUAGUUCUGCAUUUUAAAUGAACCGUGCUGAAAAAAUGUCUACUGUAUAUGUUUAGAGAUGUUGUGCAUGUGAAACUGGGUAAAACAUUUGCACGGUACUUCAGUCGUGCUCCGGUUUUACCCAAUGUUUUACCCAAAAGUGAGAAGGUGUUUAAAAAACAAUUAGGACCAAACGGCGGCAGUCCUGGGAAGGCUUGAUCCCUUAUAUUGAUUUUUAAGUACAUUUUGUAAUCACAGAAUGCAUCACAGCCAUAACGAGGGAGGUGUCUUUCAAGUUUUGAAAAUUUGGAAGACAACGAAAAAAAGAUUUAAGGUUUUUUCUUAAAACCCUUCAUUUUCCAACUUUGUGUGGGUUAUCAACUUUUCUCAGGACCUCUGUCAAGUAUACCAAGAUGGCGGCUGCCUUCAUUUGAAUUAUUAAAGUCAUUAACUCAAUUAUCUAGGGUGAAAAAAAGCACAAACUGUUACGUUUCUUGAAAGAAUGAGCUGGUUUUAAUAUCGACCUAUAUUAUGAGCAAGACAAAGUCUGUAUCUGCAAAUGUCUGUGACUUUUCUAUGCAAAGCUGUGGUGCUGGGCAAACUAGCUUUUGGCCAGUUUUUUUUGAUACAUCUGUACAAUCAAGCUUGUAUAUAGGAAAAAGAAAAAAUAAUUUUGUUGCCUUUUAGUUGCUUAAAUUAAACUGUUGCAACCUGUGAA